AUGCACAGACAAGAAGCACAAAUGGGACAUAUGCCACACACACAUUCACAUUCGCAGCCUAAGAUGCCGGCUUCGUCGAGUCGCAUCCUGCUGGACGUGCCGUGCAAAGUGUGCCGAGAUCACUCAUCGGGUAAACAUUACGGUAUAUAUGCGUGCGACGGCUGCGCUGGUUUCUUUAAGCGCUCGAUCAGACGCAACCGACAGUACUCGUGCAAGGCCAAGGCCGAGGGUGGCUGCAUGGUCGACAAAACGCACCGCAAUCAGUGCCGUUCCUGCCGUCUGGCCAAGUGCAUACAAGCUGGCAUGAACCGUGAUGCUGUCCAGCACGAACGUGGCCCAAGAAACUCAACGUUACGCAGGCAAAUGGCAAUGUAUUACGGCGGUAAGGAAACGGAGAUAUUGCCCACGAUUGUGCCGCCGUCGAAUGCAGCUCUCAAUCUUGUGUUGCCAAAAACUACUCCAGAACCGCGGGUCACAACUAUUCCAGCGCCGACAGCUCACAUCGCUCAUCCGAUCUACGCUACCAUAAGCUGUCCUCCAUUGAAGAUAAGUUCGCCCCAAGCCUCGAUCUCGCCAGUACCCCUCGCAUUCCCAAUCUCGAUAGGUGAGACUAUAGCUGAACAAGCAGCUCGCCUACUUUUUAUGAAUGUCACGUGGGUACGCGAUCUAAACGUCAACUCAGGUCUUUGCAUGGAAGACCAGCUGACCAUUUUAGAAGCGUCAUGGCGGGAAUUGUUUCUUCUGUCAACAGCUCAACAAGCACCACAUCUCGAUCCGAGUCACCUGCUAUUACCAGGUAUUCAAACUAUUCCUUUAGCAGUUGAAAUCGCCAGAUUCCGUGAGGUCGUAACCUCCUUCCAUUCGCUCAACCUUGACACUCAAGAAUACGACUGUGUCAGAGCAAUUGUCCUGUACAAAGCUGGUCUUGACUGUGACUCUGUGUCCAGUAGUCGUAGCAGCAAUGGUUCUAUAUCACCAAAUAGUUGUAGACUCAAAGACACUGCUUUAGUAGUCAAACUCAGAGAUAAUGCUCAUACUGCCUUGGGAAUUAAAAUGGAAGUGAUGACCCAUACAGGUGCUAUGAGGUUCAGUAAACUCAUCCUCAUGCUGCCAUCGCUUAGAACAAUAUCCUGUCAUGCAAUCGAGGAUUUCUUCUUUAGAAGAACAAUCGGCUUUACGCCUAUCGACAAGAUCAUAUGUGACGUAUAUGCCAAGACAUAG